AGCGGAAUCUCUGGGUGAAGCCGCCGGCUUUAGGGUUAGGUUGGCCGUGGUUCGCGAUGGCCGAGCCGGGACCCGCCGAAGAGCUCGCCAAACUCGAGUAUCUGUCCCUGGUCUCCAAAGUAUGCACCGAGCUGGACAACCACCUUGGGAUCAACGACAAGGACUUAGCUGAAUUUGUGAUAAGUCUUGCAGAGAAAAAUACAACCUUUGACACUUUUAAAGCUUCUCUCACCAAAAAUGGUGCAGAAUUCACAGACUCUCUCAUUAGUAACUUGUUACGCCUCAUACAGACCAUGCGGCCCCCAGCGAAGCCUUCUGCUAACAAAGAUCCAGUUAUUAAACCCAAGACAGAAAAGGAGAAGCUCAAGGACCUCUUUCCAGCACUUUGCCGACCAGACAAUCCUGCAAUUAGGACCAUGCUUGAUGAAGAUGACGUGAAAGUAGCUGUGGAUGUCCUUAAAGAGUUAGACGCUCUAAAGCCUAGUGCUGCAGCACAAAAGCAGAGAGGCUCUGAACAUCGUGAUAGAACAAAGAAGAAAAAAAGGAGUCGUAGCCGAAGCCGAGACAGAGACCACAAGCGAAGACACCGGUCCCGAUCAAGAUCCCGUUCUAGGACUCGAGACAGGAAUAAAGGGAAAUCUAGAUAUCGAUCGAGGAGCAGAAGUCAGAGUCCUGUUAAAGACCGUAAGGACCGUGAUAAAUAUGGGGAAAAGAGCAAUGACAGAUGGCGAGACAAACAUGUGGACCGGCCUCCUCCUGAAGAGCCUUCUAUUGGGGAAAUUUACAAUGGCAAAGUUACCAGUAUCAUGCAGUUUGGAUGUUUUGUACAGCUGGAAGGACUAAGGAAACGGUGGGAAGGUUUAGUUCACAUCUCUGAGCUUCGUCGGGAGGGCCGAGUGGCCAAUGUCGCUGAUGUGGUGAGCAAAGGCCAGAGGGUUAAGGUGAAAGUCCUGUCCUUCACUGGAACCAAAACCAGCCUGAGCAUGAAGGAUGUGGAUCAGGAUACUGGAGAAGAUCUGAACCCAAACCGACGGAGGAACCUUGUUGGGGAAACCAAUGAGGAGACUUCUAUGAGAAACCCUGAUAGACCUACUCACCUCUCCCUUGUCAGUGCUCCAGAAGUAGAAGAUGACACUCUUGAAAGGAAACGCCUCACCCGAAUAUCAGAUCCUGAGAAGUGGGAGAUCAAACAGAUGAUUGCGGCCAAUGUACUUUCUAAAGAAGAGUUUCCAGACUUUGAUGAAGAGACAGGAAUCCUUCCUAAAGUGGAUGAUGAAGAAGAUGAAGAUCUAGAGAUUGAAUUGGUUGAAGAAGAACCUCCAUUCCUGAGAGGACAUACCAAACAAAGCAUGGACAUGAGCCCCAUUAAAAUUGUUAAGAAUCCCGAUGGCUCCCUGUCCCAAGCAGCAAUGAUGCAGAGUGCUUUGGCGAAAGAAAGGAGAGAACUCAAACAGGCCCAGCGUGAAGCAGAGAUGGACUCCAUUCCUAUGGGACUCAACAAACACUGGGUGGAUCCUCUGCCUGAUGUGGAUGGAAGGCAGAUUGCUGCCAACAUGCGGGGCAUUGGAAUGAUGCCUAAUGACAUCCCAGAAUGGAAGAAGCAUGCUUUUGGGGGCAACAAAGCAUCUUACGGUAAAAAGACCCAGUUGUCAAUCAUUGAACAGAGGGAGAGUCUUCCCAUCUUCAAGCUUAAAGAGCAGCUUGUUCAGGCUGUUCAUGACAAUCAGAUCCUGAUUGUUAUUGGAGAAACAGGUUCUGGGAAGACAACACAGAUCACACAGUAUCUUGCUGAGGCCGGUUACACCUCCAGGGGGAAAAUUGGAUGUACACAACCUCGAAGGGUUGCAGCAAUGUCAGUGGCCAAAAGAGUGUCUGAAGAAUUUGGAUGUUGCUUAGGACAAGAGGUGGGUUACACUAUUCGUUUUGAAGAUUGCACCAGUCCAGAAACAGUCAUCAAGUACAUGACAGAUGGGAUGUUGCUCCGGGAAUGCUUGAUUGACCCUGAUCUUACUCAAUAUGCAAUCAUCAUGUUGGAUGAGGCUCAUGAGAGAACAAUUCACACAGAUGUGCUCUUUGGAUUGUUGAAAAAGACAGUGCAGAAACGGCAAGAUAUGAAGCUGAUUGUUACUUCUGCAACAUUAGAUGCUGUGAAAUUUUCCCAGUAUUUCUAUGAAGCUCCCAUUUUCACCAUUCCAGGCCGAACAUAUCCUGUGGAAAUUCUCUACACUAAAGAACCUGAGACAGAUUACUUGGAUGCCAGUUUGAUCACAGUCAUGCAGAUCCAUUUAACUGAACCACCAGGUGACAUCUUGGUGUUUCUGACUGGUCAGGAAGAGAUUGAUACAGCCUGUGAGAUUUUAUAUGAACGCAUGAAGUCCCUGGGACCUGAUGUACCUGAAUUAAUCAUCCUCCCUGUGUAUUCUGCUCUACCAAGUGAGAUGCAAACCCGGAUCUUUGACCCAGCUCCUCCUGGUAGCAGGAAGGUUGUAAUUGCUACCAACAUUGCUGAGACAUCUCUGACUAUUGAUGGGAUCUACUACGUGGUGGACCCCGGGUUUGUGAAGCAGAAAGUGUACAACUCCAAGACUGGAAUCGAUCAGCUGGUGGUGACUCCCAUCUCUCAGGCACAGGCAAAGCAGAGAGCAGGGAGAGCAGGAAGAACAGGGCCUGGAAAGUGUUACAGGCUCUACACGGAACGUGCCUACCGAGAUGAAAUGUUAACCACCAAUGUGCCUGAGAUCCAGAGAACUAAUUUAGCCAGCACGGUGCUCUCUCUCAAGGCUAUGGGCAUCAAUGAUUUGCUUUCCUUUGACUUCAUGGAUGCUCCCCCAAUGGAAACUCUGAUUACAGCCAUGGAGCAGCUGUAUACAUUGGGAGCCCUGGACGACGAGGGCCUGCUCACCCGUCUGGGCCGCAGGAUGGCGGAGUUUCCCUUGGAGCCAAUGUUGUGCAAAAUGCUGAUCAUGUCUGUACAUCUGGGUUGCAGUGAGGAGAUGCUCACCAUUGUGUCCAUGCUGUCAGUGCAGAACGUCUUCUAUAGGCCCAAGGACAAACAAGCCCUUGCAGAUCAGAAGAAAGCCAAAUUCCAUCAAACUGAAGGUGACCACCUCACUCUCUUGGCCGUGUAUAAUUCUUGGAAGAACAACAAAUUUUCCAACCCCUGGUGUUAUGAAAAUUUCAUACAGGCUCGCUCCUUGCGCAGAGCCCAGGACAUCCGUAAACAGAUGUUGGGCAUCAUGGAUAGACAUAAGCUGGAUGUGGUGUCCUGUGGCAAGGCAACAGUCCGUGUACAGAAAGCCAUUUGCAGUGGUUUCUUCCGAAAUGCAGCCAAGAAAGACCCACAGGAAGGCUACCGAACUUUGAUUGAUCAGCAGGUGGUCUACAUCCAUCCCUCCAGUGCACUCUUCAACAGACAGCCAGAAUGGGUGGUAUACCAUGAGCUGGUGCUGACCACCAAGGAGUACAUGCGGGAGGUCACCACCAUUGAUCCCCGGUGGCUGGUGGAGUUUGCUCCGGCCUUUUUCAAGGUCUCAGACCCCACAAAGCUCAGCAAACAGAAGAAGCAGCAGCGGCUUGAACCCCUCUACAACCGGUAUGAGGAGCCAAAUGCUUGGAGGAUCUCCCGUGCUUUCCGGCGGCGGUGACAAGGGAGCCAUUGACUGUGGCACAAAGUAUUCCGUUUUGAGUUCUCGCUGGAGGACUGAGGCCCAGGACUCCAGUGACUUUUGUUUAAAACCCCCUACCAGGAGCACAGCCGUCCUUGAGUUGAGAGGCCUCAAAGCCAAAACAGGACAUCCUGACCUGCACUCUCAUUUAUUUUCUUAUGAUGAAAGCCUCAGAAGACAGGAACUCACCCUGGCCAUGAAAUACAUGCCACCCCCUUGGCUGGGCCGAGCUUGUGAGGAGCAGGUAUGUCCCAUCUUUUUCUGCAGAGCUGGACCAGGACGAAUUGUUACAUUUCUGAACAGCCUGUGCUACAAGAUCCUCAGGUCAGAGGACUCUGACAAGCCGCCCAUCAACCCAUUGCUUUUUGAGAACUUGGAGCCCUUUGGUGGCACUGCCCAAGCUUUCCAUCUACUUUCCAACCUGUUUCUUCCAGCUUAACUCUUUGAAAAUAUGUAUUUGUUUAUUUUUAAAUACAUUUGUAUAUAUUUUUUUCCCUGCAGUUUUUCUUUUAGCUAAAACGUUAGUAUAUUGGCCAGUCUUGAGGGGAGGAGGAUUUAGAAUGUGCAACUUGGGAGCACAUGGUAGAGGAUCUCUGCAUUUCUCUGCCCCCCCACUUUCCCUCCCCCCCCCCCCACUCCCCUUUCCCAGAAUCAAAGCCCUUCACGCCUGGGCUGGACUUGAGCAGGACACACAUGUCAGCCUGGGAGUCUUGUCUUUCAGCGCCGUCUCUAGCAUAGUUAAGAACUAUAGGUCACCCAGUGAUUAACCACAUCCAUUUCACAGAACUCUCCAGUCUAGAGGUCUGAGUGGUUACAGAUGUUGAAUAUGGGGGGAUUUUCCUCCUAUACAAUGUGUAAUGUGUCUUAUUUCCUCUUCAAAAAUGCUAGGUGACAUCACAACUUUUUAUUUUAUUUAAUUUCCACUCCCAUCACUCCCUUCCACAAAACAGGCCUAAUAUUCCCCCAGGAACUCUUGUGAAUUUUAACAAAGAGGCUUUCUAUGGCAAAACACACGUGGCCACACAAACACCUUCUUGGAGAUGGUUUGUGGAAGCUUAACAGCUGCACUCUAGAUCCUUCUGAAGCAGGACUUGAAUUUCCUUUUUCCCUGCUCCCCUUUCCUAGAGCUUUGUGUGGCCAUGCUUCAUCUGUGCUCACUCUUUCUCUGACCCCAGAAGGGCAGAUGCAGCCCUGUUUGUAGUGGACAGCACCUGUAUGAGACAUUGUGCUUUGAGAGCUUCUGGGAAACAGAAAGGGCUUCCCAGAAGUGGUCUUGUGUGAGGCAAUCGUCAGGGCCUACAGUGUGUCCUAGGAUGGUUCAGAUGUGGAGUCUGUCUCCCACUGUCUGAGCUAUCACUGAUCUUUAACUGAUUCUAAAUUCUCUCCAUUGGACUUCAAGUGGUCAUUAGACCCUGUUCUCUGAAAGGAAAACAUCUCUCCCUUCACUGCUGUCUUGUUUAUUGGUUGGGCCUCCAUCACUGGCUUUGCUUUCCCUUCCCUCCAGUUAGGAAAGGGAGAUCAGGUUUAAAUGCGGUUUAGAGAGGGAAUCAGAGGUCUGUGAACUGACUAUACUUUGUGCGUCCUGGGCAGACUUAUGACAAUCUCAUUUCUGUUAAAUGAGAAAAUUAGGCUUAGAUAAUCUCCAAAGUCGUUUCCAGUUCAAAACCCUCAGUCUUCUGUGCUGCUAACUUGUGGAAGAGUAGCAAUUAGAACUGGCAAUAUGUCCAUAUCUGUGCCUGCCUUCUUGCUUUUUCUUUGCCCCUAAAUUGAGCUGAACCCUUUUUGAGCAAAUCUGACAAUCCUGGGGAGCCAGAGUCCCCAUUUAGGAAUUGCUUGGGGCUGAGGUGGCAGGAAUUACUUAAGGAGCUGAGGAGGUUCCCCCUGUCCCCUUAUGAGGUACAUCUUUUCAUUUUCUGUGUGGGGAGGUUGAACUUGAAGGGUCCUGGGAAGUUGGGACCCUGAAAAAUUGCAAAGAUUGUCCAGGGUUUACUGUGGAAUGUCUAGCAGAGAAAAUCAGCUUGAAAGUCUUAGGAACUGAGGCUGUAUGUUCUGUAAAGCUUGCAGAGUGAGGCUAAGUGGGGCCUGGGGAUAAGGGAGGCUGGGCGGAGAGCAGCACAGCUCAGCAGCCUUCUUCUCUGUCCAUGUCCCCUCAGAUUUAGCAGUAUGACAGAGGAAGUCAGGUGUUCCCAGACAAAGCUGAAAGUGCACUCUUUCAUUGUCUUACCCCAUGGUCAUUGAGCACAGCUUCCCCUUGCCCUGUCAGUGCUAGCCUGCCAGAGAGGACAGUAGGUGACUUGGAGGUUUCGUUGGUGGGAGGGGGCCGCUUGCUGGGCCACCUAUCAAGCCCAGAGACAGCUGAAGUGGUUUGGGUGGCCGUAUAGAAUGCCUCCUGGCCUCCGGCUCCGUGUGUGUUCUAGUGACCUCCUCUUGGAGAGCUUGGGUGAGACACAACCUCGUGGCCUUCUCACCCCUCGCCCACGCCGGGGCCCCUGCCGAGUCUACAAGCCCUCCUGACCUUCCUCCAGGAAAGAUCAACACGGAUUGUGGAGCUGGGGCCUGUGUAGAUUCCUUCGCUGGAGCCGCUUCCCCACCCUGUCCAUUUCAGGAGAUGGUGUUCCCAGGAAGAACGGUGGUCAGGAGUGGACUGUGGCCCUUGCACAAUGGGGUGCUUGUUGCCCUUCCCUUAGUUCAUUUUUUUCCUGACUUUGGGUGAUGGCUGGGGAGAGGAUAUGGAUCUCAUGCUGUGAUCUGGAAUCUUCCUGGUUAUGAAAGUCUAUUAUUCUCCGUGGCUCAGCAGGUAGCCAGGCUUGGGAGUUUCCUGCUCCUUUCAUCUGAUUUGUGAUGUGUAUGCACAUGCGCCUGCAUAUGCAUGUGUAUAUUGGAGCUCUGUGGGGUGUAUACUGGGCUGAGGAAUCCUGGCCUCUCAUUCAACUCAUUGUAACCUUGCUUUGACUACCUUCACUGUAUCUGAGAUGAUCAUUUCCUCCCAGUGGACUUUCAUUUAUUUGGUCAAGCUUCUCAAAGUUUAAGCAUUAGAGCAAUUGAAGAGCAGCGAACAAUGGCUAAUCGUGCAAUUAGCUUUUCAUGGGGCAUCAAUCAGCAAUUUAAUUCAGUCUAUGGACUUUUUUCCUCUUCUUUUUCUAUCUGCCUCUUCCUGUCUAUUUUUCCUUUCUCAUUUUCUCCCUCCCCUCAAUGUAGCCUCUGGCCACAAUGUGACAUUGAUGUAUCUAUUAAAUGAAGCUUUAUGCUC